AUGGCUUCGAAGCCAUACAUUGGCUGUAAAGUAUCACUCCUCUCAAAAGCCCAAAAUCGUUAUGAAGGGAUUUUGUAUACUAUUGAUGCAGCGAACAGCACAGUAGUUCUAGCAGAAGUCAAGUGUUUUGGAACUGAGGGACGGCCAACAGAUAGGCCAACGUCACCCAAAGAUGAUGUCUAUGAGUACAUUACUUUCCGGGGAAGUGAUAUUAAGGAUAUUGCACUGGGUGAACCUCCAAGGUAUCACCAUGGCCUGCCUCAAGAUCCUGCAAUAAUACAGACCUCCAGUUCAGGCGCUUCAAGCAUCCAAUCUACCGUUGGAUCACUCAGCCCCUUAAGGAUGCCUGCCUACAACCAGGUUGCUGCUAGCUCUCUGCUUAAUCAGCAGUAUGUUGCAGCUCUCGGCCUUGGCUUACAUGCUCAAAGAGGUCCCAUGGUGGAAAAGGCUGUUCAAACCGUCAGUGUAAAGACAUUUAGGCAGAGGAGAGGUGCGAGUGCAUCCCAGCAGCAGGAGCAGCAACAAGAAGAACAAGGACAGCAGCAGCGGAAUAGGAGGCAGCCCAAGGGGACGAGAGGAACAAAUAUUCAAACCACAAGGGUCACUGAAGCCACCAUGCAAUCAGACCCAAGUGGAUCCACUUCUCAGGACAGUCAGCAGCAAAGUGCUGAAACCAGGCCACCUGCUAGAAAAAGACAAGGACCUCGACGGCGCAGGAACCGCAGAAGAGGCCAGCUGAUGGUGGCUAAUGCUCCAUCUCCCACCCUUAAAUUUGACACAGACUUUGAUUUUGAUUCCUCAAACGCACAAUUCAUUAAGGAGGCGCUUGAGGAGAAGGUCCAGGAGAGGCUGACUCUAAAAGAUAGGAAUUCUGAGGGAAGGGAAACGGAGGGGUUGCAGCAGACUUCAGGGGAGGAUUGUUUUGGACCAAAGGUCUACUAUGACAAAGCAAAGUCUUUCUUUGACAACAUCUCAUCUGAUAAUGGGCUCAGACUGACGUGGGCCGAGGAGCGAAAGCGCAAUCUGGAGACUUUUGGUGUCCCUGGGCGUUUCCUGAGAGGCCAAGGAUUCAGAGGUGGAUAUACCAGAAGAGGACGAGGUGCUGCUCGAGUCUAACUCAAAGAAACACAACUGGGCGGCUGUACAGAUCAGUUUCAUACAAAGGCAGUAGAGUAAAGCCACCUUGAAUAUUUCUGUUUCUUACAGUGAG